CAACAGACGACUGCAGACGACGCAUUCUCACAAAGCAGAAACAACAAGAUCAACAACCACCGGGGUCGCCGCCGAUGUGGGACUCUAUCAAGAAUGCAGCCGUUCCAAAUCGUACUUUCAAUUAAUCUUCAAUGAAUUUCAAUUUUAAAAUUGUCUAAUUGUUUUACCUUUCUUCACUGCUGAGAUAAUUCCUUCAUCCUAUCAAAAUGGCUUCAUGGUGGUGUGAGGAUGACUGGAUGUAUGUAAAGGCAGAAAAUUUGACCGGAAAUGAGUGUUUUGGCCGUCAUGCUCUUGUGAGAGCCCCAAAUGCCUUGGAGCGGCAAUUUCAGAAGGACGUAAAUCAACUCGGCUCUUUCGACCUCCUGCCGAAUCUGGAUCAGUUUCAUGAUUCUGAGAUCGUCCAUUUUCUUCGAUUGCUUGGCUCAGGGUCCAAAGUUAAUGUUAUUCUGGAACAAGGGGAUGACAUCUUUAAUGCCGAGUGGACCUCCGCUUCUAAUCUGGGCAGCAAUGUAAAUGGCAUUGAACAAGCUGAGACUCUGCUGGUGCGGGUGUUGGUAGCGGUGCUCGCAGCAAGGGGAAUCAUGCGGAAGCCUGUGGCAGAUCAAUUUUCAAACUCUAGUCCGAGGGAUGUUUGGUGGUGUGAAGAACACUGGAUAAAAAUAGAAAAUGUCCUAGAGAGUAAUUGCUAUGGAAUGCACUCUGUACUAAGAUCAAAAAAUUCACUAUUUAAGCAGUUUAAGAGGGAUAUGAAAGCACUGAGCAAUCUUCAACCCCUACAGAAGCUCCUUCAGUUGGGUGAUGAUGAGGUGAUGGACGGUUUGCACCUUCUUGGAUGUGAGUCUGUCAACUGCAAGGUUACUCUGCAGCAUGAAGAUGACACCUUUAGUGCCGAGUGGUGCAUACCAACCAACUCUGUUCUGAAGUCGUCUCCAAUGGUAUCCAAUUGUGCUACCUGUGGGAUUGUCUUGGCAGAGACUGUACUAGGGAGGGUUUUGGUCGAGGUUCUUACCAUACAGGGACUUUUGCACAAGCAAAACAUGGUUGAAUCGUCAAGUGAACCACUCUGUCUUACUACCAGUGCUGGCAUUAGUCCAACAUCACACCAGCUUCCAGACAGUCCUUGUUCGUCAAUCACUUUGCUGAACGAGGAUGAAGUCCAUUGCACCAGGCAACCACAUGAGCUGAACUAUGCUCCGAGAUGGACUCCACAUAUUGUUUCCGUGACUUCAACCAGCUCAGACCCUGCGUCUGAUAGUGUGCAUGACCCUUUCUUAAACUCAAUACAAUUUGAAGAGGAGGAGAAAGUGAGGAUCCAUGACACGUUAAUGGAUGAAGAGUCAAUGGAUUGUGCAAUGGAGCAAGAGCCAAUGGACACUGCCACACCUCAAACUCCGGUAAAAUAUUCCCUAAGUAUUAAAACGGAGAGACCAAAGCCAUAUUCUCGGAAAGCAAAACCAGCGUCAGCGAAAAAUUCCCUCAAAAUACCCAAUAGGGCUAGGAUGAUGGCAAUCAGCCUGAAAGGGCCUCAAGAUGAGAAAAUGAAAGCAGAAAAAGCGAAGGUGCUGCAGUUACUGGAAAGCGAAGAGAAUAUUUCAAAUCUUUCGAAAUUGUCUGGGCUUCGAUGCAACAUGGAUGUGAACUGGAGUGCAGCGGUUUUGAAACGUGCCUCAAAGUGCAAAAAACUUCAUCAUGUUGAAGUCUUGUGGCCGCGCCGGGAGCACUGGUACCUCAUACAGGAACUGUGUCUCCUGCGUCGGCUUGAAAUUUACGCGAAUGAGGAGCUGUAUGAGAACGAGAACCCUCCCACAGUGAUGCUCCCCAAAACCCAUGCACUUCGGGUUGAGGCAAUUCAGGCUGAGGGGCUGCACCCCGUCUCGCUGGCGUCCCUGCUGAAGGCCCACCGGGGGUCGCUGGUGCGCCUGGAGGUGCUGGUGGACCUGCCCGGGGAGUGCUCCGUGCCCAAGGACAGCGGCCGGCCGCUCAGCGACACGGAGCUCAGGAAGCUGCUGGAGCGCGCCCCGGGGACGCUGGCCUCCAGCCAGUCCAGCCAGGAGCUCAACGUGAGCACCAAGCUGGUGCGCGUGGCGCUGAGGAAGCCUCGCAACGUGCCGCUGCCGCCCGCCGAGGCCCUGCCCGCCUCCAUGUUCCCCAAGGACUGGAGGCGCGUCGGCUGCGGCCGGUCCGGCCCGGUGCGCGGCCGACGGAAGAAGGACCUGUUCUGCGAGUACGCCGUGCCCGUGGAGGAGGACUGCCGCAGGUACCCCAACCUGCAAGUUCUGCUGCUGUUGCGCCCAACAGAGAGCCACAACAGCAAAGCGUGCAACCCUCAAGUCGAAGCGCUGCGCAGGAAGUGGCCCUCCAUGGUCAUCACUUGCGGCAAAGGCUGUGAGAAGAAGAGGACGCAGACCCAAAGAGGAUCUAGGGCACCAAAAAGUCUUGCUGAUUCAGAAUCCAAAGACGAGAUAGAAUUUUACUACAAAAGUAUUGGAAGACCCCCCCAAAAUAGGGGCCUUCUAGAAAAUUACCUUUAAAGGAUCUCCUAAAUUUAAGAUUUUUGUAUCUAUUUUUACUUUUUACAUCACUCUAUUAUUUCUUCAAUACUUCUUUCACUUUUUUCGUGUGUGUUAUACCAUGACAAAAGGACAUAUUUGUCUGAUUGUGGUACAGAGUUGUCACUUAAGGCUGAAUAGAACUCCCUAUUAUUUAGAUUUUUUGAAUGUAAAUGUUUAAGAAGACUUGACUCUCUCGAGAUGUAGUCAUUAUUUUUAAUUGACUUUACUCUUAUGUUUUGAAAAGAUAGUCUUGAAAGUAUUUUUAUAUUUUGAUUCUUGCUUUGCUUUUUUUUGCAACGUAGUCAGUAUUUUAAAACUUUGAUAAAUUGAUAUUUUUUUAUCAAUGUUAAACCAGCAUUACUCUAAUGUAUUUGAGUUUAUAAUUGUUAAUAAAU